CGGUUUGUUCGGAAUUUUGUAUCUGGCCAUGUCUCGUGAUUCAAUGAAAGCAAGCGAUAAUGCCACGCCGGUCCCCUCUGAGGAGAGAGAUCAGUCGGAUCUUAUCUCGGCUGGGUCGCAGGACCUGCACCGUCGACUCAGAGGUCGAGAGGUGCAGCUGUUCGCGGUUGGAGGAGCGAUCGGAACUUCGCUCUUCGUGCAAAUGGCCGCUGUCUUGCCCAAGGCUGGACCUGCCGGACUGUUCCUCGGUUUUGUCGCGUACGCCACUAUCGCCUUGAGUGUUAAUCAAUGCUUCGCGGAGAUGGUGUGCUACCUCCCUGUGCCCUCGCCGUUUGUCCGGCUAGCGAGUCACUGGGUGGAUGAUGCCUUGAGCUUUGCGAUGGGAUGGAAUUGGUUCCUGAAUAUGGCCCUUGGUAUUCCUUAUGAGAUUGUCGCUAUCAAUGUCUUGCUCACUUACUGGACUGAUAAAAUUCCCGUGGCUGUUGUGGUGGUGAUGUUGAUCUUGAGCAACAGACUUCUGAACAUAUUGACUGUCAGAUACUUCGGCAUUUCCGAGUUCUAUCUGUCCAUCUUCAAGAUAUUCCUCAUGCUAGGCUUGAUCAUGUACACGUUUGUUACUAUGGUUGGCGGUAAUCCGAGACACGACGUCUAUGGAUUCCGAUACUGGCGUGACCCGGGUGCCUUCGUCUCUUACCUCGUCCCUGGUGACACCGGACGGUUCUGUGGAGUAGUUGCGAGCAUGGUCCAAGCAUCCUUCACCAUGGUCGGACCCGAGUACAUCUCCAUGGCCGCCGCCGAAGCCGAGCGACCCCGAACCGUCAUGAAAAAGGCCUACUCCGCCUUCGUCUGGCGACUGAUGUUCUUCUUCCUCGGCGGUGCUCUCUGCAUGGGCAUCGUGCUUCCGUACGACGACCCCGUGCUGGCCGCAACCCUCGAUGGAACGCGUGAAGGGAGCGGGACCGGCGCAGCAUCCCCCUACGUCAUCUCCAUGGACCACUUCAACAUCAAAGGCCUCCCCUCCCUCGUCAACGCCCUCAUCAUGACCUCCGUCUUCUCCGCCGGCAACAACCUCGUCUUCUCCGGCGCCCGCACCCUCCACGGCAUGGCCCUCGAAGGCCAAGCCCCGGCCUUCCUGUCCCGCUGCAACCGCGCAGGUCUCCCCUACUACGCCGUCGCAUGCACGAUGGUCUUCUCAGCGCUCGGCUUCCUGCAAGUCAGCAACAGCUCGGCGACGGUGCUCAACUGGCUCGUUAGCAUCAUCACUGCCUCCUACCUCCUCAACUACUUCGGUACCUGCAUCACCUAUCUCCACUUCCACGCUGCCUGUCGUCGUCAAGGCGUCGACCGCAACUCGCUGCCCUAUAAGGGGCUCUUCCAGCCCUAUGCGGCGUGGUACACCGUCUUCGGGACGGGGAUCAUGAUGCUGGUUCUGGGGUUUGAUUUAUUCUUUGAUGGGCAGUGGGAUACGACGAGCUUCUUUUUGAAUUAUACCAUGAUUGGGUUCUUUGUUGUUACGUUCAUCUUCUGGAAGGUGGCCCGUAGGUCCAGGUAUGUGUGGCCUGGGACGGCUGACUUGCAGUUUAAUGGGUUGAAGGCGGAGAUUGAUACAUAUGAGGCUUGUUUUGUGCCGAAGAAGAGGGGGAGGGUGGGGAGGAUUUUCAAUGGGCUUUUUGAGUAG